AAAAGUCCCUCAAAAUUUCUGACUGUUAGAAGAAUUGGAAGAAGGACAGAAAGGAGUAGGCGAUGGCACAGUUAGCUGGGGUCUGGAGGACGACGAGGGCAUGACACUUACAAGAUGGACAGGCAUGAUAAUUGGGCCUCCACGAACAAUCUAUGAAAACCGAAUAUACAGCCUUAAGAUAGAGUGUGGGCCUAAGUACCCAGAGGCACCCCUGUCUGUAAAAUUUGUAACAAGAGUCAAUAUGAGCGGCGUGAGCAGUUCGAAUGGAGUGGUGGAUCCGAGAGCCACGGCAGUGCUGGCAAAGUGGCAGAACUCCCACAGCAUCAAAGUCAUCCUGCAGGAACUGCGGCGCCUGAUGAUGCCAAAAGAGAACAUGAAGCUGCCACAGCCACCGGAAGGACAGCGUUACAGCAAUUAGUCACCAAGGCCCCGGCCUCCCCUCCCCAUCCAACCCAAGUCUUCAUUUUCCACAGUAGUGAAUUUUCUAGAUACAUCUGUA